UCAUGAUUUACAUACUCAAUGCAAAAACAAUCUUGAAUCGCCUACUACAUAUUUUCCCCCUCGAACAGCCGAUCGGCUAGAUUAGAACUGAAAGAUGGAUCCCGGGCGACGUGCUAUGAUAUAUGGCCGUAAGUCACCCCCUCGCCGCGACAUCACAUCUCCUAGACGAGAUUCCAGUUCCAGAAUCACGAAGCCCUCGCGACCGACACAAAGUAAACCAACGACCUCUGCUUCGCAAGAUUGGCUGAGUCAAGAUGAGCAGUCCAGGCAGUUUGUCGCAGAUGAAGACAAGUUCGUUCUAAAGCAAGCCAAAAAGAAGGCCGAUAUCCGAGUUCGGGAAGGACGAGCGAAACCUGUCGAUCUCUUAGCAUUCAACUUGCGAUACAUUGACACCGACCGGGAUGUUUUUGACGACGACGACGCCGAUGUCGAUAUUGAUGUACCCCAACCCGACGCCGUCAUAGAUAGGCUGAAGGAAGCAGAGCUUGACGAGCUCGAAGCAGAGAUCACACCAUAUCAUACUCUCGAGACAAAUGCGAUAAACAAGGACUAUUGGAAAGCGCUGCGGACAAUAUGCGCAGAUAGAAGACAACGACUAAAGCCUAUGGGUCCUGAGCAACGCGCAGUUAGCUCAGUCAUUGCAGAUGUGGAUAAGAUACUGGGUCCCAAGAAUCUACAACAGCUUGAGAAGUUGGAGGGCCAGAUACAGGCCAAGCUGCGUUCCGACGAGGUCAUGGAUACAGAUUAUUGGGAACAGCUGCUGAAGAGUUUACAGAUCUUCAAGGCAAAAGCUAAACUCAAGAACAUUUAUGAGGCGAUCAGAGAGAGCAGGGUUAAGCUGCUGAAAGAUCGGGACCCAGAAAAGGCGAAGGCGCUUGCUGAAUCCGAAUCGCUUCCAAAUCCUGCGCGUUCCGAUACCAAGGAUACCUUAACAACUUCCAAUUCUAAGCUGAAGCAAAAUACAACUGCCGUUGCCCUAGCCAGCAGCUCGACUAGCGCACCUCCUCCUGGUACUGCCAGGUUUGCCACUGGUGGAAAUGAAGACUUCUCUCAGGCUACGAAGGCCCUAUACGAGCGAGAAGUUGCUCGUGGAGUGAGUGAGAACGAAGAGAUCUUCACCGCGGAAGAGUCUGUUUCGAGUACUAUACAACCACAAUGGGCAGAUAAAUAUCGGCCUCGUAAACCGCGGUACUUCAAUCGUGUGCAAAUGGGCUACGAAUGGAACAAAUACAAUCAGACACAUUACGACCACGAUAAUCCUCCCCCUAAGGUGGUUCAAGGAUACAAAUUCAAUAUCUUCUACCCUGAUCUCAUUGACAAAACGAAGGCACCCACUUUCAAGAUCAUUCGCGAGCACGGAAGAAGAAGAGGUGAAUCAUUUGCGCCCGCUGGAGAGGAAGAUACUUGCUUGAUUCGAUUCAUUGCUGGACCGCCAUACGAGGAUAUUGCUUUUCGCAUUGUUGAUCGCGAAUGGGAUUAUAGCGCCAAAAAGGAUCGCGGUUUCAAAAGCAGCUUUGACAAGGGAAUUCUUCAACUGCAUUUCCAAUUCAAAAAGAUUUAUUACCGGAAGUAAAUAUGUCAAUUGUCAUCUACGGGACGUCGCUUUUUCUUCAUCAAGUACCAACUCCGGCCUACGCACAAGAGAUUCUUUUCGACCUCUUGAUACGCCAGCCAGGUAUUUGACUAGAAAUGACAUCAACGAGUGGCUUACAGGGUGCUAUUGCCUAGCGGAAGUACGGCGGAGAAUCAAGGACUUGUCCUGACCUGGUGACACGACUCUCGGAAAGGUGCUUAACCCCCCUGAUCUAGCUAGUUUCUAGAAGACUAAGGCUAGUAGAAAGUACUUGAAGCAUUGACGACACAUUAAUAGCAGUGGCAAUUCAUUUUACUUUAUCCUGCAAAACUCAUAUAUCUCCCCGAGUACACCUCAUUUUAAACCAAUCUGCUGAGAGAAAGUGCUUGUAAUGAAAUAGCUCUACACUCAAGCCCUAUACUCGAAUUUCUUCGUGAUCAUCCCUACGUAAAUGUCUCUGAUUGUCGUCGGCGCGAGGAAUUUAGGAACUUACGGGGACCCAUGCACAUUGAAGGCUUCGAUCGAAAUUCUAGAAGACACGUUGAUAAUAUGCAUGAGGUGGAAAUGCUCAGGGGCGCUUCAUCUGGAUAGUUUCAUGUCCUAUCUAGUAAGGCUACGAUAGAUGAUCCCGUAACGGAGCACUGUACUCAGGAAAUGAUUGGUUACAUUUGGCGAAUCUGCCAAAAGCCCACUCACGAUGCAAGUAACCGGAGGCGGGAGGAGUGCCCUAAUCCCGCCCCUAUGCGGCAC